AUGUGGUCGGGGGAGCUCAGUGGCCAGUCGUAUUCAUACUGGGUCAAAUCUCUGUGUCCAUUCGCAAAUAGAGUCAUCCUCUUCUGUCUGUGUCCCAGGUACCUGACAGACUUUGAGCCGGUACAAUGUCUGGGUCGAGGAGGGUUUGGUGUCGUGUUUGAGGCUCGGAACCAGGUGGACGACUGCAACUAUGCUAUCAAGAGGAUCCGCCUUCCCAACAGAGAGCUAGCCAGGGAGAAGGUGAUGAGAGAGGUGAAAGCUCUGGCCAAGCUGGAACAUCCAGGGAUCAUCCGUUACUUCAACGCCUGGCAGGAGAGCCCUCCAGAGGGCUGGCAGGAGGGACAGGACCAGCGCUGGCUUGAGGAGAGGUAGGAACCAUAAUUAUGUUACACCAGGUAGGAACUAUUACAGUGUAACACCAGGCAGGAGAGCCCUCCAGAGGGCUGGCAGGAGGGACAGGACCAGCGCUGGCUGGAGGAGAGGUAGGAACCAUAAUUAUGUUACACCAGGUAGGAACUAUUACAGUGUAACACCAGGCAGGAGAGCCCUCCAGAGGGCUGGCAGGAGGGACAGGACCAGCGCUGGCUGGAGGAGAGGUAGGAACCAUAAUUAUGUUACACGUAGGAACUAUUACAGUGUAACACCAGGCAGGAGAGCUCCCCCCUAAGGCCUGGCUGUGGGAACUUUUUGUCAGAAAUGGACAGCUGUUAAUUGAGUGAGAGUCACAGCUACAGUUGAAGUCAGAAGUUUACAUACACUUAGGUUGGAGUCAUUAA